UGGAUCAUGUGUCUGUCUGUCUAAUAUUCAACUUAAAACUAACUUCACCGCUUUUUAAUACCAGCACAGCUGAACCAGCUCAGUCUUAUAGCAACGAAUCUUUAUCAAAAUAAGAUGAAAAGUUUGUUUUUGUUGCUUCUCUUCUGUCACGUUUCACCAGCAGUGAAACACUCCCUGAAGUAUUUCGCAGCUGCAUUUUCUGGAGUCUCAGACUUCCCAGAGUUCAUGGGAGCUGCAGUGUUUGAUGGUAUUCUGCUGGCUUACUGCGACAGCAACACCAGGGACGUAGAAGCAAAACAGGACUGGGUGGAAAACAUUUUACAAAAUGAUCUUCCGCAGUUACUGUAUUACAGUCAUGAGUGUUUUGAGUAUCUGCCAAAUGUCUUCAAACCAAGGAUUAAUUUUUUAAAGCAGCACUUCAACCAAAGUGGAGGUGUCCAUGUUUUACAGAGGAUGAGCGGCUGUGAGUGGGAUGAGGAGACUGGAGAGUUUAAUGGUUUUAGUCAGUAUGGUUAUGAUGGAGAGGACUUCAUGGCAUUUGACCCAAAGACAUCGACAUGGAUCGCUUUGAAACCACAAGCUGUCACCAUCAAAGAGAGAUGGAAUGCUGACAAACCUAGAGCAAAAAAUAAUGAGGUUUACCUCACUCAGCUUUGUCCUGAGUGGCUGAAGAAGUAUUUGGACUAUGGGAGGAUGACUCUCCAGAGAACAGAGCUUCCCUCAGUGUCUCUCCUCCAGAAGACUCCCUCCUCUCCAGUCAGCUGCCACGCUACAGGUUUCUACCCUGACAGAGCCACGAUGUUCUGGAGGAAAGAUGGAGAGGAGCUUCAUGAGGACGUGGACCUCGGAGAGAUCCUCCCCAACAACGAUGGAUCCUUCCAGAGGAGUGUUGACCUGAAUCUUUCAUCAGUCACACCUGAAGACUGGAGGAGGUACGACUGUGUGUUUCAUCUCUCUAGUGUGAAGGUGGACAUCAUCACCAAACUGGACAAAGCAAAGAUCAGAACCAACUGGGGCAAAAUCGUCUUUAGAAAAAACAAAGGUGAGCAACACUAAUUUAUUUAUUUAUUU